AUGGCGCCAGUGUCGGGACUGCCAACCAAGUCGACGUCCAACCUACCAGGAUCGCCAACGAAGCAGGUCUCUGGGCUUCCGGAGCAACAGUCGUUCUACAAGGACAUCCAUAUGGAAACCGCCAAGGGGGCUCCAACCAUGAGCAGCUACAACGAUGUGCGCAUGGGCACAGCAAAGGCAUUUUCAGCAAAUCCGGACGAUAUCAGGAUGGAUACCGCCCGCGGGAGUGGCACAACCGUUCGAGCAAGCAAGUUGAAACCCUGGGAGGCCGCCCUGGUUCAAACUCCAGAAGUCAAACGGAAAUCUACAGUCGCCCAACUCUAUUUCUUGGAUUACUAUUUCCAAACAUUGGGUUACAUUGCAGCCCGGAAGGAGCGAAGGGCAGCAUUCGACAAGGAUACAGCCUCGCGCAAACUAUCAUCGGCUGAAUACGCCAAAGAGUUCAAAUCCUACUGUGGGCGAGAACGGGUUCUCCUCCGGAAACGGCGUACGAAGCUCAAGGUCGACCAAUUCCACAUCAUUGCUCAAGUCGGACAGGGAGGCUAUGGUGAAGUCUACCUCGCAAGGAAGCAGGACAGCGGUGAAGUCUGUGCACUCAAGAAGAUGCGGAAACGGACAUUGUUCAAGAUGGACGAAAUUCGCCACGUCCUCGUGGAACGCGACAUCUUGACUGCGACGAAGACCCCCUGGCUAGUCCGAUUACUCUACGCUUUCCAAGACCCGGAGUUCGUCUACCUCGCCAUGGAAUAUGUCCCUGGUGGCGAUUUCCGCACCCUUCUCAAUAACUCAGGGGUGUUGAAGGAAGAGCAUGCCCGCUUUUACAUCAGCGAAAUGUUCGCCGCCGUGAACGAACUUCACAAACUAGGAUACAUCCAUCGGGAUCUCAAGCCAGAGAACUUCCUUGUGGACGGAACGGGUCACGUCAAGCUCACUGAUUUUGGCCUCGCGACGGGUGCUCUCAAUCCCAAGCGGAUCGAAUCGUUGAAAAUUAAAGCAAGUUUGGACAAAGUGAAGAAUAAUGAAAUCGUUCAUCGAUCAACGAUGGAGCGAAGGUCUAUAUACCGUUCGAUCCGAAACCAAGAACCCAGGUACGCCGACUCGAUCGUCGGAUCCCCGGACUACAUGGCACCUGAAGUUCUGCGAGGUCACGCUUACACCUACUCGGUCGACUACUGGUCCCUCGGUUGCAUCCUCUUCGAGUUCCUCGCAGGAUUCCCUCCUUUCAGCGGCAGCACGCCCGAGGAAACGUGGACUAACCUCAAGAACUGGUCUAAAGUCCUUCGUCGACCCGAGUACGAUCGACCAGAAGACUUGAUUUUCAACCUCACCGACACCGCAUGGCACGCAGUCACUCGCCUCAUCGCAAGCAGUCACUCCCGCUACGACACCAUGGACCAAGUUAAAUCGCAUCCCUUCUUCUAUGGCGUCAAAUGGGACGACCUACGCUCCGUCCGCGCACCCUUCGUCCCCGCCCUCGACUCCGAAAUCGAUACCGGCUAUUACGACGACUUUACCUCGCCAGAGGAUAUGGCCAAGUAUGCUGAAGUCAAAGAGAAGCAAAAGAACGUGGAGAAGGUCAAGGAGAAGGAGGAGGAGUUUGGAAGGGGUGUGUGGGUUGGGUUUACGUUCGGCAAGAACGGGCCUGGGGUGGGUGCUCGGCCCAACUUCGACGGUUACGAUGACGGGUCGCUGGCCACGAUCUUCUAGAGGCCGCUUGUUUUCUUUUUUCCUUGUCCUUAACGGGUUUGGGUAAUGGGCUACAUGGACUGCAAGUGCAGAGCACCAUAGCCUCAGCUUCCGAGCCGGCGUAAACCAUGUCCACAGAUAGGCCCCGCCCACCUUCUCUACAAGUCUGAUAGAUGUGAUCGCAUAUUACAGAUACCACACAUCUUGCCUUCUUUCAACAUUUUGUUAAUUGUCCUUCUCGAGCGCCUAAUACCAUCCGCUUCCCAGUUCUUCUUUUGUCUUUUCUUCAUCAACUCUUCCCCCUACCGUCUUCAAGUCUCUUUUUCCCCCACUAUUAUUGUCAUUAUCGUUGUCUUCACCCGCUAUUGUCGAGUAACUAGUAUCCUUUUCUGAUGGUACGUAGAUCCCAUUGUACAAGUCUAUAAUUUUGAUCAGUCGAUCCCUCUACAUAGCCUGUUGAAUGUCC